AUGACCUCUCUUGCCAUCUUGGACGAUUACGCGGGCAUAGCUCCCAUCUAUUUCAAGCAUAUUCAGCAUCUCAAUGUCGACAGCUUUCCUGACACUAUACCACCGAACAGCCCAGAAAACAUAAAAGCGCUGGCUGCUCGUCUUGGCCAGUAUCCCAUCAUCAGCUCCAUGCGUGAACGCACUCCAUUUCCAAGAGACCUGCUUGCUGCACUGCCCAAUUUGAAACUCUUGAUCACGACAGCGAAGCGUAAUCGUGCCAUUGAUAUGGCUGCCGCGAGAGAACUCGGCAUCGUUGUCGCUACUGCUCCAGGUACUCGUGAUAUCACCCAUUCAGAGCUUCCCUCGCUCGUCGCGCCAUCACCCGAGUACGAUGCCACUACUCAGCAUUGUUUUGCACUCAUCCUUGCUCUUGCCUCACGCAUACCAAUCGAGGAUGCCGCAUUGCACUCGGGUGGCCCAUUCCAGACUGGACUUGGUUUUACUCUUUCCAACAAAGUCUAUGGAGCCGUUGGUCUUGGAAGGCUGGGUACAAAUGCUGCUCGCACAGCUGUUCUUGGCUUGGGAAUGAAAGUCAUCUCUUGGAGUGCAAAUCUGACUCAAGAGAAAGCAGACGAGGCAGCGGAGAAAGCAGGUCUUCCAAAAGGUUCCAUCAGAGCCGUAACCAAGGAAGAGUUGCUCAAGACAGCAGACGUCAUCAGUAUGCACUAUGUGCUCUCGGAUCGUAGCAGGNNGGGAACUAUCGGCGCAGCCGAGAUUGCCAUGAUGAAGAAGAAUGCCAUCUUGGUCAAUACUUCUCGAGGUCCUCUGAUCGAUGAAAAGGCCCUGCUCGAUGCACUCAAUCGAGGUGCCAUCAGAGGUGCAGCAUUGGAUGUUUUUGACGUGGAACCUCUUCCUCUGGAAAGCCCAUGGCGUACCACAUCCUGGGGACAAGAUGGUCGAUCUCUUGUUGUUCUCUCACCUCACAUGGGCUACGUGAAUGACGAGACAAUGCACAAAUUCUAUGCGGAGCAGGCGGAUACUGUACAGCGCUAUGUCAAGGAUGGCAUUGAAGCAGUGCCAGAUGUUCUAAACUGA